GGUCCCGAAGAAGAGGAGGAGAAAUAUGACAUAGGCGCCGACCAUGAUCCAAACGACCCUGGCGAGAGAAGAGACGAACUUCCACCAAACAGUCAUGACAUGGAAGCACGUCGAAGACAGGGCGAUGCAGACCUUUCGCGUAUAUCCACAACAAAGAGCGGCCGUUCAGGUCUCAGCAGAACCGGUACCGCGCUUGGUCAGAUUCUCACCGGUGUCAAAGUGCGAAAGAGGCAGGAGGAUGAAGGUGGUGAUGGAAAUGUUUUCAUUGUCGACUUUCAGGGAGACAAGGAUCCCUUGAACCCACACAAUUGGAGUUGGGGCAUCAGAAUCUACAUUACCUUUAUGGUUGCGGGUAUUGGUUUCGUGGUCGGUGUCGCUUCUUCCAUUGAUUCGCUUGCGAUUCAACCCGCCAGUCAAGACUUUGGUAUCUCGGAAGUCGCAGAGAGUUUGGCUACUGGUCUUUAUCUCAUAGGCUUCGGAGUAGGUGCGCUUUUCGCAGGUCCCUUCUCAGAGACAUUGGGUAGAAACCCCGUCUACAUUGUCACCUUGGUUGUCUAUAUGGCUUUUCUUGCUGGAGCUGGAGCCUCGCAGACAUACCAGCAGCAAUUCGCGACCCGCUUCUUUGCCGGUUUCUUCGGAAGCACUCCUCUUACCUGUGCAGGUGGUUCGCUUUCGGAUAUCUGGAAUGCAAGCGAAAGAACCUUGAUGUUCCCUAUUUUUGCCAACGCAGCUUUCUUGGGCCCAAUCCUAGGCCCCGUCAUGGGCGGUUAUAUCGUGCAGAGCUCUUUGAUAUCUUGGAGAUGGACUGAAUGGAUCACCAUCAUCAUGUCUGGGCUCGUGUUGGCUCUGGUGUUCUUCACGCUCCCCGAAACUUUUCCUCCCAUCCUCCUCAAGUGGAAAGCUGCACAUCUUCGCCAGAUCACCAACGACGAUCGUUACAGAGCCGAAGUCGAGGUUAGGAUGGAUCCUUUCUUCACUCGCCUGGGACGUGCAUGUUACCGACCUUUCCUGCUCACGGUUACCGAACCUAUUAUCUUAUUGGUUGCGCUAUACCUCACUGUCGUCUAUAUCAUCUUGUUCACCUUCCUGGAUGGUUACGACUACAUCUUUGGUCAAAUUCACCACGUCAGCAUCGGUGUCGAAGGUCUCUGCUUCUUAGGCAUCGCAAUCGGUCUGUUCCUCGCCUCUCCACUCGUAUUCCUCAUUCGACAUCUCGCAGCAAAAGAAAUGGAGAAAGCAAAAGCCGAGGGCAAAGACAGACUUGCUCCUGAGUUCCGCCUAUGGUUUGCCAUGAUUGGUGCUCCCAGUAUCCCUAUCUCCAUGUUCUGGAUGGGCUGGACAUCAGAUUCCAACAUCAGUAUCUGGUCUCCUCUUGCUGCUUCUGUCCUAUUCGGCUUUGGUAUCCUCUGCGUCUUCAUCAGCAGUUACCAAUACAUUAUCGACUCGUACGAGAUUUUUGCCGCUUCUGCUUUGGCAUCAAUCACGUUGAUUAGAUACGUGGCUGCUGGUGCUAUGACAGUUGUGGGAGUGCCAUUUUAUCAAAAUCUGGGUGUGCACUAUACGUGCACGAUCUUGGCUUGUAUUAGUGCUGCUAUGGUGCCCAUCCCUUAUUUGUUCUACUUUUAUGGGCACAAGAUCAGAGCAAAGAGUAAGUAUGCUCCUGCU